GAGAGAGCAGUAGAGCGAGUAUUUACGGUGCCUGGCUCCUGGAGAAUGAACCUCAUCCUCUCUGCUCUUUGUGCUAUAGUGGGAAGACAUAAAGCUUUAUAGUUAACCAGCUGUGGGACCAUUUUAACCGUCCUGGACGCUGUUUUCUGGUUUUAGGACCAACUGCUAGCUCUCAACUUGGUGGAAUUAAGCCUCACUGUGUAAACUUCAGAGUGACGCUCCGUGACCCUGUGACCCCAACAUGUCAUCUGAGGCCACGCCCAUCCAGGAGACCCGACCUGUGACCCCUCCCCUGUCCGCUGCAAAGUCCCCGAGUUCUCCAGAGGCUCUGCAUCUUCCUACCAACAAGCUUAGAGAGCGUUCCCCUUCCCCGAUGAGAGACUUCCUCAUCCCCAGCCCCCUGCCCACACGCAGGAACAGGACCUUCUCAGCCUCUGCCCGCGCCUCUGAGGGCCCCGUGUAUUCUGGCGUGUGUAAAUGCUUCUCCCGCUCCAAAGGCCACGGUUUCAUCACGCCAUCAGACGGAGGCAGCGACAUCUUCGUCCACAUCUCAGACAUUGAGGGCGAGUACGUUCCAGUGGAAGGAGACGAAGUGACCUACAAGCUCUGCCACAUCCCUCCUAAACAUGAGAAGGUCCAGGCCGUGGAGGUGAACAUCGUCCAUCUGAAGCCAGGAAGCAAGCAUGAGACCUGGGGGGGGCACAUCAUCACCAGCUGAGCACCUCACUGAGUGUGCGGAGUCAGGGGGGGAGACGACGUCUGCAGAAUUUAAAGGGGGGUGAUGGAUAUGAUGAGAUUCCAGUUUAAAUCCCAACCGUCUCAUAAUCAUCUAGUUUUGCAGUGUGAGCAACCGCCGGUUGCCCCCGGCGACUCGCCCAAUCCUGGACAGAACCGGGUUUUCUUUGGUAGGAUCUGCAUCUUGGACUGCAGACAUCUUUAUUCCUGUUAAUCGUCACCGCGGUGCAUUUACAGAGUUUAGAGCAUAAAGCUGCAGCCUGUCAGUGUUUCCGAGGAUGGAAAACUGAUCUGGGUUCAGCUCAUCUGUGUGCCUCCAUUCUUCAGCCUGUAAUCUCUACUUGAUCAUAUUGGGAGAAAUAAAGGAUUUUCAACAGAUCUA